CACUUGUGUCGCCGCUGGUCACCGCCGCUAUACUGUUGUAAUGCCGUACAGCCGCUGUGACCGGGGUCCGUAAAGUCCAAAGAGCCGCGCGGCGUAGAACGGUGCAGAGCGAGGCCGGGUGAUAUUUCUCGGCACGAUCCGUCCGCGGGAAACAACACGCCGCGGCACUCGAAAAAAAAAAUUGUGCGCGAUCCCACAUAAUCCCACUCUGUCGCGUGCGCGCUCGCGCGCCUCUCGAUGCUCCCGUUGCUGCCACAUCGUAAUCCCGAAAUAGGAUCAAGGAUAACGACGUCAUAAAUUUUUUCACGUCUACGGCGUCGUACGAGAGUCGAGGAACCGGUCAGUUACAUUCGAAUUCACAGUUUUUUUUAAAGGAAAUACAUCUUUUAUUCGGCUUAACGCGAAAUGGUUUCGUUAGUGGCAAGCGUCAGAGCUACCAGCUCUCUUUAUCAUUUUUGCGCUUGUGCCACAAGGACAUUGACUACGAGCGCGAUGCCAAGUCCUAAGGACGAGGCGAAAGAAGUGAUCGUCAGUUACUUGGAUGGCAAAGAUAAUGGUAUUGCUGUAUUAGGAUUAAACAGGCCUGCCGCUCGUAAUUCUUUCGGAAAGACCUUGAUCUCUCAGUUGAAUGAAGCGCUGGCCUCCAUCAGGCAAAACAACAAGCUGAGAGUGCUGAUAGUACGCAGUUUGGUCCCAAAAGUAUUUUGCGCUGGAGCAGACCUGCGGGAGAGAUUUAAAAUGGACAAUUCGGAGGUGUUGCGAUUCGUGUCCACCCUGAGAGAUCUCAUGACCGACGUGGAGACCCUGCCAACGCCGGUGAUAUCGGCCAUCGAUGGGGCAGCUUUGGGCGGAGGAUUGGAACUCGCGUUAGCCAGCGAUAUCAGGGUCGCUUCGUCUGAAGCGAAGAUGGGCCUCGUCGAGACUAAACUAGCCAUAAUCCCAGGUGCCGGCGGAACGCAAAGACUUCCGAGGAUAAUUGGAACAGCCAAGGCUAAAGAAUUGAUCUAUACCGCACGAAUUCUGGACGGUGAGCAGGCGCAGCAGAUCGGUCUCGUCAACGAAGUGGUUCCGCAAAACAAGAUCGGCGAUGCAGCUUACCAAAUGGCUCUUACAAUCGCGAGAGAAAUUUUACCGAACGGUCCUAUUGGUGUUAGAUUGGCGAAAGUGGCGAUAUCUAAAGGUAUGGAGAUUUCUCUGGAAGACGGUAUGGAGAUCGAGGAACAAUGCUACAGCAAGCUUGUGAAUACGAAGGAUAGAAUCGAAGGACUCGCUGCUUUCGCAGCGAAGCGCGUACCUAUCUACCAAGGAGCGUAAAAAUUCGCGAUGCCAUAACAAAUGCUUGAUUCACAAAUGGAAAUACAUUUUAUAUACGUUUUAUAUCCCAAACUAUACAUAUUAACAUCUGCUAAGUGAUCGCACGCAUAUGUAUAU